AUGGCAAUACUGUCACUACCGUUAGUGACAUCCAUUCUCAAGAAACCACCCAACAAAUACAAGCCCCAUUUAUCUUUCCUCUUCACAACAGCCCACAGAAUUAAUCCCAGCCCACCUCCAAUUUUCAAGCGCAAAUGCUUUUCUUCAACUGCAACGUUCUAUCGUCCUUCUGCCACAACCCAUUCUUCUACAGCUUCUACAGAGCAGGAGUCUUCAAAGGACAACAAAAAUUUGGUACCGGCAUCAUCUGCUCUCACUUUCCAACAAGCCAUUCAACGCCUCCAGGAGUAUUGGGCUUCUGUUGGAUGUGCCGUAAUGCAAUGCAGCAACACUGAGGUUGGCGCUGGGACUAUGAACCCUCUUACGUUUCUAAGGGUUCUUGGUCCAGAACCAUGGAAUGUUGCGUAUGUAGAACCUAGCAUCCGGCCUGAUGAUAGUCGUUAUGGUGAAAACCCAAAUAGGCUUCAAAGGCACACUCAAUUCCAGGUGAUACUGAAGCCUGAUCCUGGAAAUUCACAAGACUUAUUUAUUCGGAGCUUAUCUGCCCUAGGUAUUAAUGUUCAUGACCAUGACAUACGUUUUGUCGAGGACAACUGGGAGAGCCCGGUUUUAGGUGCUUGGGGAUUGGGCUGGGAAAUUUGGAUGGAUGGGAUGGAGAUCACUCAAUUCACCUACUUCCAGCAGGCAGGAAGUCUUCAAUUAACGCCUGUAUCUGUUGAGAUUACUUAUGGUCUUGAACGGAUCCUUAUGUUGCUUCAGGGAGUUGAUCAUUUCAAGAAAAUUCAAUAUGCUGAUGGGAUAACAUACGGAGAGCUUUUUUUGGAAAAUGAGAAGGAAAUGAGCGCAUAUUAUCUGAAGCAUGCCAGUGUCGAUAACAUUCAUAAGCAUUUCGACCUUUUUGAGGCUGAAGCUCGCUGUUUGCUCGAUUCAGGCCUUGCAAUUCCUGCGUAUGAUCAGCUUUUGAAGACAUCUCAUGCUUUCAACAUAUUGGACUCUAGAGGGUUUGUUGGGGUAACGGAACGUGCUCGCUAUUUUGGUCGGAUGCGUAGUUUAGCUCGUCAAUGCGCACAACUUUGGUUAAAGACGAGGGAGUCUCUUGGAUAUCCCUUGGGAGUUGCAUCUCAAUCUGAUCAUCUUGUGUUUCCAAAAGAAGUCCUAGAGGAAGCAGCAGGAAAGGUGUCCACAGAGCCACGGUUAUUUGUUCUUGAAAUUGGGACCGAAGAGUUGCCACCGAAUGAAGUAGUUAAUGCGUGCAAGCAACUCAAAGAUCUAAUUGAGCAGUUGCUGGGAAAACAAAGAUUGAGUCAUGGGGAAGUGCUAACGUUUGGCACACCACGCAGACUCGUGGUACACGUCCAUAACCUCUCUGCGAAGCAAGUUGCAAAUGAGAUUGAGGUUCGAGGACCUCCAGCUUUGAAGGCAUUUGACAAAGAAGGAAAUCCUACCAAGGCUGCUGAAGGUUUCUGCCGCAGAAAUGGUGUGCCUCUAGGCUCCUUGUUUAGAAGGGUUGAAGGUAAAACAGAGUAUGUUUAUGUUCGUGCGGUGGAGCCAUCACGACUUGCUUUGGAGGUAUUAUCUGAAGAAUUACCUGGGACAAUUGGUAAAAUAUUGUUCCCAAAGUCAAUGCGUUGGAACUCAGAGGUCAUGUUCAGUAGGCCCAUCCGGUGGAUAUUGGCACUGCAUGGAGACGUGGCUGUUCCCUUCAUGUAUGCUGGUGUUCUAAGGCAAGUUUUGUCUGAUUUUGAUGUUCUUGUAUAUAAUUCUUUGCUCUAUUUUAUUCACAGUGGAAAUCUUUCUCACGGACUUCGAAAUACUCCAUCAGCUACUGUUAAGGUAGCAAGUGCAGAAUCUUAUACUGAUGUGAUGCAGCAUGCUGGAAUAGCCAUCAGUAUGGAGCAACGCAAGCAGACAAUUUUGGAUCACUCCAAUGCCUUGGCCAAAAGUGUUGGUGGCAUUAUCAUUUUGCAGAAUGAUUUACUUGAUGAGGUUGCAAAUCUUGUUGAGAAACCCAUUCCAGUACUUGGUAAAUUUAACGAGUCCUUCUUAGAGCUUCCAAAAGAUCUGCUAAUAAUGGUCAUGCAGAAGCACCAAAAGUAUUUUGCAAUAACUGAUCAGGGAGGAAAACUGUUGCCAUAUUUCAUUUCUGUUGCAAAUGGGGCAAUCAAUGAAAUGGUUGUAAGGAAAGGAAAUGAAGCUGUACUUAGAGCUCGAUAUGAAGAUGCAAAGUUCUUCUAUGAGGUGGACACAACUAAAAGAUUUUCUGAAUUUCGAAGUCAACUGAAUGGAAUUCUAUUUCACGAGAAGCUGGGGACAAUGUUGGACAAGAUGACGCGCGUCCAACAUUUGGUUACUGAAGUGGGCUUGUCUCUGGGGAUAAGUGGAGAUACACUCCAAGUCAUCAAGAGCGCUGCAUCAUUAGCCAUGACAGAUCUUGUCACCGCAGUUGUUACUGAAUUUACCUCCCUUUCUGGGAUAAUGGCGCGUCAUUAUGCUCUUAGAGAUGGCUAUUCAGAGCAGAUUGCAGAGGCACUGUUUGAGAUUACACUUCCACGAUUUUCAGGAGACAUGCUUCCAAAAACUGAUGCUGGGACAGUAUUGGCCAUAACUGAUAGGUUGGAAAGCCUUGUUGGCUUAUUUGCUGCUGGUUGUCAGCCAAGCUCCAGUAAUGACCCUUUUGGCUUGCGGAGAAUAUCUUAUGGUCUCGUGCAACUGCUGGUAGAAACCAAUAGAGAUUUAGAUCUAAGGCAUGGUUUAGAACUUGCUGCUGCUGUUCAACCCAUAAAUGUGGCUGCGGAUACAAUAGAUAAUGUACAUCAAUUUGUAACGAGGAGACUUGAACAGCUUCUGAUGGACCAAGGAAUAAGUCCAGAAGUGGUUCGCUCUGUUCUUGCAGAACGUGCAAACCAGCCCUGUUUGGCAACAAAGUCUGCAUAUAAAAUGGAAGCCUUGUCAAGAGGUGAGCUGUUGUCCAAAAUUGUCGAAGCAUAUUCUCGUCCAACAAGAAUUGUCCGUGGAAAGGACAUCAAUGAUGAUUUGGAGGUGGAUGAGGAAGCUUUUGAGACAAAGGAAGAGAGAGCUUUGUGGAGCACUUUCACGUCGUUAAAGACUAAAAUUCGUCCUGACAUGGAAGUAGAUGAUUUUGUUGAAGCAUCGUCUGAUCUGUUACAGCCACUAGAGGAUUUCUUCAAUCACGUAUUUGUGAUGGUGGAAGAUGAAAGAAUCAGAAAGAACAGGCUAGCACUACUCAAGAAAAUUUCAGACCUUCCAAAGGGAAUAGCAGACCUCUCAAUUUUGCCAGGAUUUUGA